AGAAAAAGGCGUAUGGAGAGCCGUUCGCGAAAUUGAAUAGUAUUACUCUAUAACUAUUAUAAGAAUUUUGAUUGGAUCACCACCAAAGGGAGAUACAGGUCCUCAGCACGUUGGAGUGAACGACGAAAACUAUGGGACGAAAUGGUCAGAAGAAAAAGUAAAUGAAUGGAUUCAACAAUGUGUAAAUAUGUGUUUGUGGAAGAGUGGCACGGCAAACAAUUUGCAACUGUAUCUUACUAUGAAUAUUCUUGGUAGUACUAGUGAUAGGUUACCGGAAUCACACUCACGGCUCCAAACCGGUUCCGAUUUUGGCAAUGUCUUAAGUGGGGUUUUCCGAAUGCUGGCAAUUCCAAAGAUACAACCUUUUGUUUCGCCAAAACCGGUAUACAGAAACAUGCGUUUAAAUUACACCAACGGUUUUAGAUUCGCCCGUACUAACAAAAUUCAAAUUCGCUGAAACCUGUUGCAUUCGCCCGUUGACACAAACGUCAUUCCUAACAACCUCUUCUGUCACUUCGAGUUUGUUUUGGUUUGGUGCAAAGAGGGAGAAAACACAACAAACCGUAAAUAGUUUUCACCGUCGAUUGUGCUUUGCAGCAAAAAGGACCUUAAUUCAAUGCGAUUUGUUUAGUUUGUUGCUGAGAUUCGCUUUCUUGCAAGUACGAGAACACACGUUGCACGUUGGUGAUUUCAAGCAUUUUAAACAAGUGGUCCAAACCUCCAGCCUGCUGUAAGAAUGCCCCGUUUCGUAUGUACCGCGUCUCGGUAGAAAGGACAAUAACAAUCAUACAGUGAUACAGUGAAGGAAGCGAAAACCAAACCAAAAUGGAUAUAUUUCAAAACCAAUGCAGCGAGAGCUUAGGCUUCGAUUCGAUGCUUUCGUCGAACCAUCUACACUCACCGCUGCACGAUUCGCCCUGUUCGCCGACGAACCCGUACGCACCAUCGUCGCCCUACUUUUCCUCCAUCUCGCAGCAGCCGACCGGCCACACCAGCGGACCAAACGAUGUCAUCCUGCCUAGCAUUUUCGUUAAAAUUCCGACCCAAAUCAAUCAGCAAUACCAGCAGCAGGAAAGCCGGCUGCUACGAUCUACCCAUCAUAGUACCGCGAGCGAAAUCAAGUGUGAGGAACGGUCGGACUCGAUCAAGAGCGAGAUAGCCGAUACGCGGGUACGGCUGGCGGGGAAUGGUCUUGCCAGUGUCGACCACCGGCUGCCGGACGUAAUCGAUAACUAUCUGAACGAUACGGACCGGGUGGAGCCGGCGGAGGUGGAGCCGAACGUGCGCACGUGUGACCGAUGCCCUUUUGCCACCCUUUCGGAGGUGCGGCUGAGCGAGCAUCGACGCGAAAGGCAUCCGGGGGGUGGUGUUGGCGUAGGGCCACAAGAGUCGCAGGCGGAAAAGCUAAGCUGUCCGGUGUGCGAGAACAAAUUCUACAAAAAAGCCGUGCUAGAGCUGCAUCUUACCGAGGACCAUGAAAUGCUGGCCAGCGAGGUGGUAGCAUUGGGCCACAGUACCGUUACAACCCUCCAGUCGGAAAGGGGUACUGCACCGGAAGUUAGAAUCGAACCGGCGAUUCAGCAGAACUGUACCGAGAUUCCGCCGGGACCCCCAGCUGCUGCCCCUACGGCAACGUCCACGGCGACACACAGCAAAAGCCGGAUCUACAUAAAGGACGUGCAGUUGCUGAAAAAGCCGGACGUGAUUGCGCAGGAAAGCCAUGACGCGCAGGGCCAGCAGCUGCUGUCGACGGAGCAGGAACCGUCCGCGAUAGCGCACGGUACGCUACAGGACAGCCAUCAGCUGUCGCUCGGCGAGGACAUGCUGCCAUCGCUCGAUCAGUCGCUGGAGCUACCGCCGCAGCAGCAACCAUGCGCCGUCAGCGGGAACAAAAUCUUCAUCCGCAACGUGUCGCUGCUGCAGAAUGUGAAUUUCGUCGCCUCGGCGGAAAACAUGCUCACGAAUGGGAACGGGAAUCGGUACGGUACGGCACCACCACCAUCACCACAACCACCACCGCCGUCCUCCUACCUGAGCAUGGACUGUGCGAACGAUGGUUCCGGGGCGCUGCUGGACACGAUCAACGGUGGGUAUGGUGGAACGAUUGCAGCACAACCUGCUCAAUCCGCAGUAGCACAAUCAUCACGGGGCAGUCGUAUCUACAUCAAAAACGUUGAUAUACUACGGAACCACCCGCUCAUAGCGCUCGAUGACCCCGGGGUGCCGUGCACGAAUUCGCUCUCCACGACGACGUUUAGUGAGUCGAUUGCGACGAGUAGAGCGAGUAGCUGCGAGAGUAUUAUCUGUACGUCCACACCACCGGCCACGAUGACGGAACAGCAGCAACCACCGACCGUGCCCGUAGGCGGAUCAUCGUCCAUGACGAACAACUCCUUAGGAGCAGUGUCACAGGCGAACGAUCAAUCACUUUUGCAUGGCACCGAAAUUAGCUAUGCCACCGUUGGAGGGGACGCGAUGGGAAACCCGGCCCGGCCAUUGCCACUAGCCGUGGAUCAAGGUUCGCAGAACUUGCUGAUGCUGUUUUCCACCUCGCUGGACGGUACGCCGGGUGGUGGAUCGGUUGGCGAGCCCAACGUUUCCUACCUGACCGCAAGCUCCAACAUGACCGUGCAGCAGGGUGGCGAGUACGGUUCGCUUCCACAACCACCACAACCGGCACAGUGCGAUGCUCAGCAGCAAACCAGCGACGACAUACCGCAGCAACAGCCAAGGAAGAGCAAAAUAUUCAUCAAAAACAUCAGCGUGCUCAAGCAACCGACCAUUCAUCUGAAGUCGGUCGACGAGGUGAAUCUGAUGACGUACGACGAGCUGCAGAACAUACUGCCUACCGUCGGCGGGAUGUCCUCCCAGGUGGGGAUGGACUGUGGAGGAGACACCAUUGGUGGACCAUUGGAGCAGCACGAAGCACACGAACAGCACACGCUGGACGGGGCGAACCGGUUGGACAAACCGUUCGGUGGGAUGAUUGAAAUGAACGCGCACCAUUCGCCCGAGCUGGUGGAGCACGAUAAUGUCGAACAGCACGGCGAUGGCGACGACGAUGACGUUAUGGAUGGGUACCACGAGUCGGAUCUCGGCUACGGUGAACUGAGCGAUGUGUGCGACUUUACCGAAGGUUUCAACGAUCGAGACGAUCCCGGCGGAGGAGGAGCAGGAGGAGCAGCAGGAGCCGGUGGUAUCGAUAUGACGGCGUGCACAGCCAAUGAUGACACGAACCGUAACGGCCACUUGGUGACGGAAUCGACCCACUGUGAGCCAACGCUUCCGCCCGGGUCCGGUUUUACGGGCGACAUUAUACUGCUGCAGGAAGAAUCGGAUGCAAGCGAGAAGAUCACGCCGAACCACGAAUGGGCCGCGAUCGUCGAGCCGGCGAAUGGCGGUGGGCCACCGUUGGGGCAGGACAUUUUGCAGCAACCGAUGGAAAUGUCUGACGUCAACGAAGUUAAUCCGUUGCGACGAGAGGAAGAUCUGCUGCUUGGCAACUCUCACCCUCAUGUGAUCAAUCUCGACCCUCCCAAUGAGUACCAUCCACCGGUUGGAGAUAGUGAGGUACUGGCCGCUGCUGUGAAUCCAUCGAUCGGGGAGACCCAACAACCGGUGGAUGCAUUAACACCAUCCCAAGAAGAGACGAAUGUGUUGGGCGUCACCGCACUUGCUGAACCGGAUCGUCCCCGUACCCGUGGACGGCCAAAGGGGGCGAAACAGACCGGCAUCACCAAGCUGAAGAAGCUCUACACCAACCUAACGGUCGAGGAGGAAGGCUACAAGUGUGACCUGAAGGACUGUGGCGUGCGGUUUCGCCAGCCGGAUCGGCUCGACUACCACCGCAAGUGUCACGUGGUGGCGCCCGACAGCCCCAAUCCCAUCCACUGUCCGGAGUGUGGUUCGCUCGAGUUCCGCAACUGGAACACGCUGCACACCCAUCUGUGGCGGGAGCACGCGAUCGACAUGGAGCUGUACGCUUGCCAUCUGUGCAGCUUCAAGACGCCCGUCCUGUGCCGGCUGAACAACACGCACAUGAAGAUCCACUCCGAGGAGCGCAACUUCAAGUGUGCCAUCUGUGGGAAAGCGUUCAAGAACAACAAGCAGCUGCGCAAUCACCGCCGGUGGCAUCGGGAACCACAGCAGCAGCAGCAGCAGCAGCAACAGCAACCGCAACACCAAGAAGCACCCGUGUUGGAGGAGCAACAGCCGGUCAGUCAACCGCCACCGGUGGAAGAACCUCCCGCGAUCGGCCCAACCCAAUCGAACGAUGCGUCCCAGGGCGACAAACCGAAAGCAAAACCCACCUCCAUCCAGCAAUCCACGAUGAAGUGCGUCAAGUGUGGGCUGCGGUUCGCGGGCAAACGGCAGCUAAGGACGCACAUGGACGCAAAGCAUCCCACCGAGGCGGGCGAGCCGGGGUCGACGGAGGUGAGCGCCGCCAAGCAUCGCUGCCUACUGUGCGGUAUGGUGUUCCGGACGCGCUACCUGCUCCAGUCACACGCGGCCAAGCACUCGGACGAGAAGCGGUUCAAGUGUGAGCAUUGCGAGUACACCACCAACGACCACAACGCGUUCCGGCGGCACAAGAUGCGCCACAGCACCAAGGGUGGCCAUAUGUACAAGUGCAGCUACUGCGAUUACAGCAGCAUCCAGAGCACGACCUACCGGAAGCACCUGGAGCGAAUGCAUGCGGAGGUCGCCUCGGCCCUGCUGUACAAGUGUGCCAAGUGUCCGUUCGUGUCGAUCAGCGAGGCCAAGUAUCAGCUGCAUCGGACGAAACACCAGGAGGAGGGAGGGGAAGCGCGAGAGAGACCGGCGGCACUGGGGGUGGAACCGGUGCAGGAGAACGACCCUGAGCAGCAGCAGCGACAGUGCGAAAGCGUUAACUCGGACGUGGUGAUUGUGGAGCAGCAGCAGCAGCGGGAUGCCGUGGCGGACGGGUUAAGUGCGUCACCGAUGGAUGUGGAGCUGCUGGGCGGGGAUGCAGCUGGCGGGGGUCUACAAAUCAUUCAGCAUCCCAUCAUCCGGCCGGCAAUGUUUGCGAACAAUUUCUCCAAGGUGGACAACUUCUACGGCUAUCAACCGGCCCAGCAGCAUGGUCAGCCCUUCGCGCCUUCGCCACGUGGUAUGUGCCCUUCUCCGCAAGUGUCUUGUGCGGUCGGUUUGAUGCCUACGCCAACCACUCCCAUUCCUGUGCCAGUGUCCGGUCAGCUAGUAACCGAGCAGCACGAGUACGUGCAUCUAACUAACGCAGUAACCGGCGAUGUCCUAAUGAGGGAGCUUAAUUAGGCAAAGAAAAGCGGUAUUAGGCGCUGUUGCGCUAACAAGACGCGAUAUGAAUGUGAUAUUUAAACAGUACUAGUGGUUAAGGGUAAGUGUAAUGCAACGUAACGCAACGUAACGCAACAUAACGCAAGUUACUAUGGAGCAAAACAGUGCCAUCUGGGUAAGAAUUUCCCCCUUGUUCUAAUUAGUUUGUGUACUUUUUAACGUUUUCUAUUUUACUAGCGUGUUUGUUUGUUUUCCAACAAUAAUGAAAAUUAAUAAUCGUGUAAAUUCUACCAACUUAACAUUUAAGAGUAAAAUAAACAAAAUGGUUUCCAUAAGAA